CGUACGAGCAGCGACCAUACAAUAAUCCUGAACGCUAAGAAAAGGUCACGGUUAAUGUUGGCAGUUGAAAUUCUUGUGCCGCCCGGCAGGCAUCUCUAAAAGAGGAAGGGCCGGCCAAAAAGGGUCUUGUUCCUCUUCUACCAUGUCCAAAAGGAUUAGAAUCUACUCUCCCGAGGACCUCAAAGAACAUGUUACGGCUUCCAGCUGCUGGGUAUCCUACCGAGGGAAGGUGUACGACAUUACAGGAUUCUUAGCUGACCAUCCUGGUGGCGAGGAUAUCCUUCUUCGCUAUGCCGGCCAACCCAUUGAGGACGUCAUGAGUGACAAGAACGAGCAUCAACACUCAGAGGCUGCAUACGACAUGCUAGAGGAGUUUCUCGUUGGUAGGGUAGGAAAUCAGGAGAAUACAUGCUCUGAGGACUGGGUCGCCGACGAGGAUUUCCACCCGGAAGACACCGACCUUAAAGCGGAUUUUGCGAAGAAUGCGUUCUUAGAUUUGAGUAAGCCCCUGCUGCCUCAGGUAUGGUAUGCUAACUUCAGCAAAAACUUUUACCUCCAACAAAUUCACCAACCCCGGCAUCUGUCAUAUUCGGCUCGGCUGUUCGGGCCAGCCUAUCUCGAGGUGUUCACAAAAUGCGUGUGGUAUGCAGUGCCCCUCGUCUGGAUUCCAAUUGCGACAUACCUCGCUCUACGUUCCAUCUUGCAGUUCAGCAUGUCGCUCCCCUCGGUCUUUGCGAAUCCCAUACUCCCUGUACAACUGCUUCCCCAGAUCCCCAUAGAAUCCUAUACGAAAUCCGCCAUCUGUUUCUUCAUUGGAAACGUUAUCUGGACCAUAUUAGAGUACGGAAUGCAUCGGUUCUUGUUCCACCUCGAUGAGAAUCUUCCCGACAAAGGUGCAUUCCUCACGCUACACUUCCUCCUCCACGGCGUGCACCAUUACCUUCCUAUGGACCGACUGAGACUCGUCAUGCCGCCGAUUUUGUUUACGGCGCUCCAAUUCCCUUUCACCCAGUUGGCGUACAAACUCUUCCCCACUCCGGUGGCAAAUGGAAUUAUAUCCGGAGCAUUCGCGUUUUAUGUUAUCUAUGACACCAUGCAUUAUGCGCUUCAUCACACCAAUCUUCCGGCAUACUUGAAGGAACAGAAACGAUACCACCUCGCCCAUCACUACAAAAACUACGAGCUUGCAUUUGGUGUAACCAGCAAGUUCUGGGAUUAUGUCUUUGGCACCGUCUUACCACUUUAAACCGUUAUUUCCUUGGACAAUAGACCACGUAUAUACGAUCGGACUUAAUCUGUUUUUCUACUUCUGACUCAUUGGAUUCAUUCUCAGGCUAUUGUAGACGACCCAUUUUAAAUCAUAACUGCGCAUACCCAAGAUAUUCGAGGGACAUGUCCUUACGCAACUGCCUACAUGAUCUCGUGUAGGGGAUGACGCAGCAACCUAAG